AUGGCCCCCCAUUCGAGCGCUUCGAGCUCCACGCAGAUAGAACCCGAUCCCCAACAGGCACAGUACGAACACGAACUCGAAACUGAGAAGAAGCCCGCCUGCUUGGACCAGGAAAUCGAAUAUCUCUAUCUCGAACUCGACACUCCGCUUCCCACCCCUUGGAUCACUGCGCCUCCGGGACCGGGCCAAAGCCCGGCUCCCGAAGCGCCCAAUCUUGAAAAAUAUACCUCGCCCUUCCUGUGGCCGAAAUGGCGCAAGUCGAUGAUGACCUGGAUCGCAUGCGGUGUCACUGGAUUGGCCGGGUACUCGGCCGGAGAGAUCACGCCUGCAUCAAGUCAGUUGACAGACGAUUGGGAUAUCAGCGCGGUAGUCUAUAACCUGGGUAUCACUCUCUUCUGCAUCGGGUUCGCGCUUGCGCCGAUGGUGCUCGCCCCGUUCUCGGAGAUCAACGGGCGGCGCCCGAUCUUCGUCGCUAGCGGAGUGCUCUUCGUUGCGUGUAUCGUAGCUUGUGGCGGGACAAGGCAGUUUGGCGGCUUUCUGGUGGCCCGGUUCUUCCAGGGCGUCGGGGCGUCGACCUUCUCUACCAUGGUCGGCGGCGUGAUCAGUGAUAUCUACCAUGCGCAUGAGCGGAACACGCCCAUGGCGCUGUUCGCCGCGGCCGCGCUCUUCGGCACGGGGCUGGCUCCCCUGCUGACAAGUGUGAUAGUAGCGCAUACCUCGUGGCGGUGGAUCUAUUGGUCGCAUGCAAUUGUCUCUGGGGUGUUUGUGCUCAUUAUCUUCUUCUUCUUCAAGGAGACCAGAGGUAGUGUGAUCCUGAGCCGCAAGGCGGGUGCCCUGAACACGUACUACGAGCAGCUCGAGGCCGCGGGACACGUUGGAGUCCUGAUGGGAAGUGACCCCAAACCAAGACGGAUCAGGUGGAAGGUCAAGAGCGAUGAGCAGCGCCAGUCGCUCGUGCAGAUGAUCAGCAUCUCGCUGUACCGGCCUUUUCACAUGCUCGUCACCGAACCCGUUGUCUUCUUCUUCUCCCUCUGGGUCUCCUUCAGCUGGGCCGUUCUCUACCUGCAGUUCGGCUCCAUCCCGCUCGUAUUCAAGACGAACCACGAAUUCAAUAUCGAGCAGACCGGUGCUGUUUUCACCUCGAUGUGCGUUGGUUCCCUCUUAAUCACCGUGAUUUCCAUCUACCAAGAGAAAAUCGCAAACCGGUUCAACCUGCUCCCUGCCACUCCCGAAGCCCGGCUCUACUUCGUCUGCUUCGAGGCCGUCCUCAUGCCCAUUGGGCUCUUCUGGUUUGGCUGGACCUCCUCCCCUUCCAUCCACUGGAUCUCGCCGACGAUUGCGAUCGGGUGCUCAACUAUGGGGAUCUUCUCCGUCUACCUGGCCGUUUUCAACUACCUCGCCGAUACGUACCACCGGUACGCGAGCUCGGCGAUUGCGGCGCAGAGCUGCUGCCGAAAUCUGCUGGGUGGCGUGUUCCCCCUCGUCACUAACGCAAUGUUCAAUAAUCUGGGGUUCCCCGAAGCAAGCAGUCUGCUCGGCGCCAUUGGAGCGGCGCUGUGCCUUGUGCCGUUUGUGUUGGCGUUUUAUGGGCAGACGAUUCGGGCGAAGAGUCGGAUGGCGAGCGAGCUUGCAAAGUAG